AUGGAUAUCGAUAUGAGCAGAAGAAACAAGAAGCCGCGUCUAUUGCUAGAAUCAGAACGUGAGAGACUAGACGAAUUUAUUGAUUCUAUACACUACUCUGCCAGGUAUUCCGACGAUCAAUUUGAAUAUCGACAUGUCCAACUCCCUAAGAAUAUGCUGAAAAAGAUACCGGCCGACUAUUUCGAUAACUCCAAAGGAACACUCAAAUUGCUCUGGGAAGACGAAUGGCGAGCUCUCGGCAUAACUCAGAGUUUGGGCUGGGAGCAUUAUGAAGUACAUGAACCGGAACCACAUAUUCUUUUGUUCAAACGCCCUCUCAACUAUCAGCCGCCAUUGUCACAGUGA